AUGCCCAAUUUGGAGCAACUUAAACAGCAGCGCGCUAAUCUGCGUCGAAACAUAUCGCGCAUUCGCAAUUCUGUCGACACAAAACUUGCAAUUUCGUCCGCUGAAUUGAAUUGUCGUUUGGCUAUAUUAGAGGCCUACUUUAAGCAAGUUAUGACAGUUCAGACCGAAAUUGAGCAGCUGGAUCCAGACGAAGCAGAGCGUGAGACCAGAGGAGAAAUAGAAGAUACGUACGUCGCUAUCAAGGUGUGCAUUAAUGAGCAGCUAGGUUCAGAUGCCCACAAUUUGACUGUUGCUGACUCAGUUCAUUGCGCUUCUCACUCAACUUCUAUGAAGCUGCCACGUCUGUCACUACCAGUUUUUGAUGGAAAAUACUCCGACUAUAAAAACUUUAUAACAUCGUUUAAGUUAGUCGUUGAUAAGCAGUCUACUUUGUCAUCCAUCGAAAAGUUCAAUCAACUAAUCAAUUGCUUACGUGGCCCGGCCUUAGAAACUGUCAAGGCUUUUCAAAUCACUUCGGAAAAUUAUUCAAAGGCGCUGGAACGCCUCAAGGCCCGCUAUGAUAAUCCAACGCUCGUAUUCUUGGACAACAUAAAUUCGCUUUUUACUUUACCUAGUGUUUCAAGGUCAAAUGCGAAACAGCUUCGUAGCCUGAUCGACAACUCAUCAGCCUUGUACAAUUCAUUGUUGUCACUGGGUAAUGCAUCGCAAAUUGCUGAGGCUAUGCUUAUCUCCAUCGUUAUGGAAAGGGUGGAUCAAGACACCAAAAAGAAAUGGAAUGAGCAUUUGAACUUCAGCGAUCUUCCUACAUGGACAUCCUGCGUUUCGGUUGUCGAACGACAUUGCCAAUUCUUGGAGUCAAUAAGUAAGCCCGGUACCGAUAGUAGCGCGAGUCAGCAAGCUAUUGGUAAGCCACGAAACCAAAAACACCAGCGCCAAGGGUUGACUUUCAACUGCACAUCGCAAACGUAUCAUUCAUGCGCUAGCACGGAGCACAGAACUUACAGGUGUCCUCAAAUCGUUGGUGCUACACUCAAUCAGCGUUACGACAUCACUAAGCGACUGGGACUUUGUCUCAAUUGCUUGGGCAAGGGUCAUCAGGCUGCGAAAUGCCCAUCCACACACAGGUGUCGAUCGUGUUCUCGCUCCCAUCAUACACUAUUGCAUCGUGAUUCAGCUGGUAUGUCUUCGUCUUCACCGCAGUCAACUCCGCAACUCCCUGAAGUACCACAGAAGAACUCAGAAGCAGCUGUUCACACUCACACCGGCUUGAAUCGAAUAAUUUUAGCCACAGCUUUGGUUCUGGUCAAGGAUGCGUCAGGCUGUUAUAAAAUUGGUCGUGCGCUCCUAGACUCUUGUUCACAAGUCAAUUUCGUAUCGGAUCAAUUCGCACAGGCUCUCCGAUUACCUCGCAAACGAAGCCAUAUGGAAAUUCGCAGCAUUGGAGAAUCCCAGACUCAGAUAAAACAUCGAACGUCUACAACAAUCAAGUCACGUUUUGGAGAAUUCGAACUACCGCUAGAUUUCUGUGUUACUUCGAAUAUUGCAUAUCAUCCAGACACAGAAAUUGAUAUCUCAUCAUGGAAGCUGCCUCAAAAUACUCCGUUGGCCGACGAAGGGUUCAACAAAGCUCGUCCUAUUGAUUUGCUGUUAGGGACAGAAGCGUUUUUCGACAUCUUAUCCAUUGGCCAAGUCAGGCUUGGUGUAAAUAUGCCAGUGUUGCAGAAGACGCUCCUUGGAUGGGUAGUUUCGGGCCGUUGCCAAACCGGCUCCACCACAUCACACAGUUACUCGAUUUCCAUGGACGAAGUCAUCAACAACAACAUAGAACGCCUGUGGCGCAUUGAAGAGGUUAACACUUCUGUUGACAUUUACACUCCAGAGCAGCGCAGUUGUGAAGAGGCUUUCAAAAACACCGUUCGCCGACAACCUGAUGGCCGAGUGGUAGUUCGCCUCCCAUUCAAAGAUGAUCCUGGUUUGUUAGGCCACUCGUAUGAAAUUGCCCGUAAACGUUUUGAAGCUCUUGAGCGCCGCUUGAGCCGCACAUCAGAUGUGAAAAGGCAAUACGCAGAUUUUAUGUUAGAGUACGAACAGUUGGGCCAUAUGAGCUUGGUGACAACACCGAAGUUGGAUGUCCCACAUUUUUACAUACCGCACCACUGCGUACUCAAGCCGAACAGUACCACUACGAAAUUAAGAGUGGUUUUCGAUGCUUCUUGUCAGACAACGACACAAAGGUCUCUGAACGAUUUACUAAUGGUCGGACCGACCAUACAGCCCGACUUGUACACGUUACUUCUACGCUUCCGUACAUAUCGUUAUGCAAUUACCGCCGAUGUCGUCAAGAUGUUCAGACAGAUUCUUGUCGACCCCCAUGAUCGCAAGUUUCAAUAUAUACUUUGGAGAAGUACACCCGAUCAACCAUUACGCACAUUUGAACACAGUCACUUAUGGGACUGCUACCGCGCCAUAUCUCGCUAUACGUAG